AGUGUUUGCAAGGCUAUACGUCCACAUGUAUAAAUUUGAUGUUGGAAUUUUACUGUCACUUUGGUUCGGCUUGAGGCUGCAUUUGGUGAUUUAACUCAUAAGGUGCUCAGCUGUUAUCUAACUUCUUGACUUGCUGGACGCAGCUUUAAAUCAACCACUGCACUCAUUAAUUUCGAAAGUUUCCCACCCGCCUGCCCGUUUGGGAAACUGUGUCAGCCACUCCCACGGUGUAGGAGGGCUCCCCGUAGGCUUACAGUCUCCAGGUAGGCUAGGAGCAACCAGUGCACCAGUGAUAACUUUCAUCAUAGAGAAACAUCGAAAGAUUUGCAAUUUCAUAAACCUUGAGGAGAGCAACAUGGAAAAGUGUACUUGGAUUUAUAUUAUAGUGGUUUUGGGUGCGUUACUCAUACCAAAAGUGGAUGCCGACUGUUCAGAUAGUCCAUGUAGGAAUGGAGCAACCUGUAUGGAUGCCUACUUGGCACCAGGCUACAUCUGCCUCUGCCAACCAACCUUCAGUGGGACAAACUGUUCUGAAGACUCAAAUCGCAUUUGUCAGUUCAGCUUCUACAACACAUCUGGCGUCAUCUCAUCCCCAAACUAUCCUGACACCCAUGAUGUAUUUGAAGACUGUCUCUACCUCAUCAGAGUCCCUAGUGCUGUUAACAUCACCAUCACGAUCACAUCAUUAGAUACAGAGAUGAACAAGGAUGUCCUUGGGAUCGGACAAGAGGGCGGUGGAUUGGUACAAGAGGAAUUUAGUGGACAGCUCAUUGAGCCAAUCAGCUUUACCUACCAAACGAAUCAAGCGUGGCUUACUUGGUACUCUGAUUUCAACAUUAUCCGGCAAGGAUGGAGUGUAACGUAUGAAACUGAUGGUCUAGAGUGUUUGUGGCCUACCAAUCCCUGUGAGCCUGGGUACGAAUGCAUUGAAGGAGUUGCCAACUACACAUGCCAAGAAAUUGUUGGACCUUGUUCAAGCCUUCCAUGUAAGAAUGGUGCGACAUGCAGAAAUGAAAUAAACUCUUAUCAGUGUGACUGUUUGGCUGGUUGGACAGGUGUCAAUUGUGAAACAGAUAUUUUAGAGUGUGCAAGUGACCCAUGCCUGAAUGGAGGAUCAUGCUUUGAUGGGACAGACGCCUUCGCUUGUAUUUGCAUUCAAGGAUUCACAGGAAAACGCUGUGAAAUAGAUAUUGGAGUGUGCAUCAGCGACCCAUGUAAGAAUGGAGCAACAUGUAACAACUUAGGUGACUCCUUCACAUGUGACUGUACAUCGGGCUGGAUGGGUCCAGUAUGUGAUCAAGAUGUACUUGAAUGUUCCAGUAAUCCUUGUCUGAAUGGAGGUCUCUGCUUUGAAGGACCUGAUUCAUACUUCUGUCGCUGUUCGGGAGGUUUCCAGGGUGAUCAAUGUGAAAAUGAUGCCAGUCCAUGCGGAAGUAAUCCAUGUAUGAAUGGAGCACUGUGUACAAACCUGGACUCGUCGUCGUACAUUUGUGAAUGUUCCAUUGAAUGGACUGGGGUCAACUGUGAGAUAGUUGUAGACGCUUGUAUCAACACACCAUGUCUUAAUGGAGGUAGCUGCACUAAUCAGUUCACUCAUUUCAACUGUACAUGUCCUACAGGCUGGAGUGGCUUACAGUGUGAAACAGAAUCCAUCGAGUGUGUUAGUCAACCUUGCUCGAAUGGAGGAACAUGCUAUGAAGGCAUCAAUGCGUUUAAAUGUGUCUGUCUUCCAGGCUAUACAGGACUUAUAUGUGAAAGUGACACUGCAGAAUGCAUGAGCAGUCCAUGUCUGAAUAAUGGAACAUGUAUUGAAGGAGUUAACAGCUACCUCUGCCAGUGCUCUUCAUUCUUCACUGGUACUCACUGUCAGAUAGAUGUGGAUGAAUGCCUGAGUAAUCCCUGUAUGAAUGGAGCAACAUGUACUGACACUAUGGCUGGGUAUGAGUGUAGAUGCUCAAUUCAAUACACAGGUCUGCGCUGUGAGAAAGAGAUUGAUCCAUGUGAGAGUUUUCCAUGUUGGAACGGAGCCACCUGUAAUAACUUCAUAACCAACUAUACAUGUGACUGUCUCCCUGGAUACAAUGGAUCCAAUUGUGAAAUAGAUAUUGAUGAAUGCGCAAGCAGUCCAUGUUUGAAUGAUGCAACAUGUGUUAAUGCCCAGAAUGGUUAUGUGUGCCAGUGUCCUGAUCUAGUCAUUGGUAUACACUGUGAGACAGUGGUGAAUAUUUGUGAUAGUAGUCCGUGCCUAAAUGGAGCCACUUGCUAUAAACCUACAACCAGCGGAGAAUAUACAUGCAGUUGUGCACCAGGAUGGACUGGAGAAUUUUGUGAAACUGAUAUUGAUGAGUGUGUGAGUGCUCCAUGUGUGAAUGGAGGUUCAUGUAUCAACUAUUCAAACCAGUAUGAAUGUCUUUGUCCUAUCGGGUUCACUGGACUCAACUGUGAAACGAUCAUGGACCCAUGUCAGUUCACUCCAUGUGAUAAUAAUGGCACCUGUAUCAACCAGCUGACAUCCUAUACCUGCCAGUGUGUACGAGGAUGGCAAGGAGUCAACUGCACCCAAGCGGUGAAUCCAUGUAACAAUGACCCUUGUCUAAAUGGAGCAGUCUGCAAUAAUCGUAUUGAGUUCUUCACUUGUGAUUGUAUGCCUGGAUGGAUUGGAAGCGUAUGCGAUAUAGAUGUGGAUGAAUGUGCAAGUACUAUAUGUAUGAAUGGAGGUCUGUGUAGAGAUGAAGUGAGUGGUUAUACCUGCGAGUGUGAUCCAGGGUUUAAUGGAACCAACUGCCAAACAGAGAUCAAGCCGUGCACCAGUGACCCCUGUCAGAACGGAGCAUCCUGUGUGAACCAGCUAGAUUCCUACACAUGUCAAUGCCUAGAAGGAUGGAUGGGUACCAACUGUGAGACCCUUGUUGAUCUGUGUGCAUCUAAUCCAUGCCAGAACAAUGCAACCUGUACCAAUCAAGUCAACUACUACACCUGUGACUGCACUGUUGGGUGGGAUGGACCAAUCUGUGACGUUGUUAUUGAUCCCUGCGCAUCAAACCCAUGUCUGAAUGGUGGAUCCUGCAAUUCUUUCCCUACACAUUUCACUUGUAGCUGCCUGCCAGGGAUAACCGGGGAGCUCUGUCAAGUUGUCUCAGAUCCAUGCGAUUCUUUGCCUUGUUUGAAUGGAGCUACAUGUUCCAGUACACAGACAUCAUACCAGUGUGUAUGCGCACCAGGCUGGUCUGGAGUCCAGUGUGGUUUGGAUAUCGAUGAGUGUGCUACUCUGCCAUGUCUUAACAAUGGAACAUGUACUGACAUGCUGAAUGGAUACCAGUGUGCAUGUGAUGCUGGCUGGAGUGGUGCAUACUGCCAAAUACCUUUGGACCAGUGUGCGUCCUCACCGUGUCUGAAUGGUGGAUUAUGUAAUAACUUCAGGACUUCUUACAGCUGUAGUUGCACACAGGGAUACACUGAUACCAACUGCCAAACAGCUUUGGAUGCAUGUAGCCCUGCAGAUCCAUGCAUGAAUGGAGCAACAUGUGUGAAUCGAUUCACCUUCUAUAUUUGUCAAUGUGCUGAAGGCUGGACAGGUGAAAGCUGUGAUAUCGUUGCUGAUGAGUGCAAUCCUAACCCCUGUGCUAAUGAUGCUACAUGUACCAUCUCAACCUCUGGUUCCUUCAUCUGCGACUGCCAAGAUGGAUGGAUGGGAGAUACAUGUGAUAUAGCUGUUGAUCAAUGCGUAUCAUCUCUGUGCUUGAACGGAGCAACGUGUGUGAAUCUACGCACGAGUUAUGAAUGUUUAUGUGUACCAGAUUGGACCGGGGCGCGAUGUGAAACAGAGUUGAAUGCGUGUGAGCCAAACCCAUGUCUAAAUGAUGCCAACUGCACAAACUUCCAUUCUUCUUAUACUUGUGACUGUACUCCUGGUUGGACUGGAAAAGAUUGUAACUUGGCGGUUGACCUGUGUGUCCCAUCGCCAUGCCAACAUAACACCCCAUGCUUCAAUGUACAGACAGAUUAUUUCUGUCUUUGUGAUGACAUCUGGACCGGCAAGAAUUGUGAAACUGCAUUAGAUACAUGUGUAAGCUCUCCAUGUCUGAAUGAUGCUACCUGUCAGAGUGUAGGAGGAGUGUAUAACUGCCUGUGUGCAUCUGGGUGGACUGGUACUCACUGUGAAACAGCUGUGACUGCGUGUGGAUCCAACCCAUGUCAGAAUGGAGCUACAUGUAAUGAUUACGGGACGUAUUUUGAGUGUGAAUGUAUACCUGGAUGGAAAGGAGCUCUGUGCCAAUCAGCUGAAGCACCAUGCUUAAGUGCCCCUUGCUACAAUGGAGCAGAUUGUAUCAGUAUUGGCAAUGACUUCAUUUGUAUAUGUCCACCAGGCUUUCGUGGUUCAACAUGUGCCAUCGAUGCUGAUGAAUGUGUGAGUUCCCCAUGCCAGAACAACGGCACCUGCAUAGAUGGUCGUAACAGCUUCACCUGUGGCUGUCAGUCUCGUUGGAUCGGUUCUCGAUGCGAGAUUGAACGAGAUGCGUGUAGUGACAAUCCCUGCCGCAAUAACGCAGAGUGCAUCAAUAUGUAUACUUUCUAUAUCUGCCAAUGUGCUGCUGGAUUCUAUGGCAGUGUGUGUGAAUAUGAUGUGAAUGAGUGUUCCAGUGGCCCCUGUCAGAAUGGAGGUUUAUGUAUCGAUAAUGCCAAUGCUUUCACUUGUUCCUGCAAUGCACCAUGGACUGGACCAACAUGUGAAUCUGCGCUGGAUCCAUGUGACAGCAUCCCAUGUAGUAAUGGAGCUUCAUGUACCAGUAACGUCAUCACCUUCAGCUGUACAUGUUUGCCUGGAUGGAGAGGAGCGCUGUGUGAUGAAAAUAUAAAUGAGUGUGAGAGCUCACCCUGUAUUAACGGUGGCCAGUGCCUUGAUGUGGUGAAUGGAUUCCAGUGUCAAUGUACAUCAGCAUGGAGUGGAAAAUACUGCCAUCUUGAGGGAAGUUGUAUCCGAGAAAUGACGAUCCGACAAAAUGAAACCAUCAUCAUCAUCCAAACGCCAAACUUCCCUGCCAACUACGAGGAUAAUCAGUUCUGUCGUUGGACAAUCUCUGGCCCCGAUGGCACUUUCCUUCUCGUUGAAACCACCGAGUUCUUGACGGAGUUGAACUAUGACUGGAUGCGAUUUGGAACAGGAUUAGACUCGACGUCUGUGGAAUCCCUGCUGCUGGAACUGUCUGGGAGUCAAGUUCCGAUUAUUUUCAAGACUGAAGGAUCUCAGAUGUGGAUGACGUUUAGCUCAGAUCAUGAUAAGACAGAAACUGGGAUAUCGCUGACGAUCCAAAUGGAGACUGACAGAGAUGCAACCGAUGAAUGUUCCAGUAACCCAUGUCUCAAUGGUGGCAGGUGUCUGAAUGGGGUUGGCAAGUUUGAAUGUUACUGUCUCUCAGGCUUCACUGGUGACGUCUGUCAAACGGAAAGUGAUCCUAACAUGUGUUACAGCAACCCAUGUCCUUCAGAGGCUGAGUGUGUGAGUGAGAAUAAAGCAAUCCGUUGUAUCUGCCCGGAUGGAUUCAGGCAUCCUUCAUGUUCAACAUCAGAGGUUGGUCUGUGUGACAGUGCACCCUGUAAGAAUGCUGGGCUAUGUACAGAGUCAGCCAUUGGAGACAGCUUUACAUGUGACUGUGCAGACGGAUGGGAAGGACCAUUGUGUCAACUUGAUAUAGAUGAAUGUAAGAGUAACCCAUGUAUAAACUCAGGGUUAUGUAUUGAUGAAGUCAAUGGAUUCAGUUGUGCUUGUUCACCAUACUGGACUGGGCUCACUUGCAACACACCUGUGAGUGAUCAGCGAUGUCUAGAUAACCCAUGCAGGAAUGGAGCAACGUGUGUACCCAGAGGGGACAUCGUUGACUGUGUUUGUUUGCCUGGUUAUAGAGGAGAUCUGUGUAGCAUCGAUAUCAAUGAAUGUGAGAGUACUCCAUGUAUGAAUGGCGGAGAUUGCAUCAAUGGUAUCAAUGAAUACAUCUGCCAGUGUCAGUUUGGUGCACUCCAAGGAACCAACUGCCAAAUAUCUGCAUGUGAUACAUCACCUUGCCAGAACGGAGGUAUUUGUGAAGAACUGAGUGUUUUCCUUGUUAGUUGUAGCUGCCCAGUUGGAUUUGUUGGCCAGUAUUGUGAAGUUGCGACAUCCAAGUCAUGUGAUGCAAGCAUGUGUAAUAACCAUGGUGUUUGCGUCAUGACAGAACAGCAAGUCAUUCUCUGCAGCUGCAAUAAAGGUUACCUCGGCGACUUCUGUGAAAAUGUGAUUGAUCCUUGUGAAGGAAACCAAUGUCAGAAUGGAGGGACAUGUCAAGAAGACUCAUUGAUGAGCUAUAGCUGUGACUGCCCUGAUGGCUACGAAGGCCAGUUCUGCCAUUUAGAAAUUGAUGAGUGUGUGUCCAAUCCCUGCAUUAAUGGAGGCAUAUGUAAAGAUCUCUUCAACUCAGUCUCCUGUACGUGCCCUGAUGGCUACAUUGGAGAUCUCUGCAAUACAAAGCUGGUAUUCCCCGACACUGCACCUCAAAUCGGUGUACUUGAAACAGAGUGGAUUAUCAUCAUAGUCUUACUGGCUGUCUUCACUCUCUUACUGCUGGCUCUACUCUUACUCUGCUGCUGCUGGAAACGGAAAGAUGAGUCAAAGGACUAGGAGGAAGUCUAAGCAACUCAGCUUGGUUGAGGUAACGAGUUGAAAUUGAUCAUUUGCACCAACGUCAAACACGGCUACUUUCAGUUUACUGUCUGCCAAUCUAGAAAUCAAUGUCAAACACGGGUACUUUCGGUUUACAGUCUGGCAAUUUAGAAAUCAAAGUCAAACACGGGUACUUUCGGUUUACAGUCUGGCAAUCUAGAAAUCAACGGCAAACACGGGUACUUUCGGUUUACAGUCUGGCAAUUUAGAAAUCAACGUCAAACACGGGUACUUUCGGUUGAUGUGGUGAUGCAGGCCUGAUGCUUCAUUCUUGAAAAGGGCAAGGGAUCAAUGUAGUGUAAAGGAAACCUCUUUGGAAUGUUAAAUGGGCACCAAGGCUAUGAGCAAGGGGAGGCCUUACUGCUUCUGCCUCCAUGAAGCAUCAGGCCUGAUCAUGACUCCAUACAUAUCAGAUAUGAUAUUAUCUAUGCAAUUUGUAGAAAUAUAUACUUGUCCAAUGUGAUCUGUAUGGGCUUUGGCUAUAGGCAUUGCAACAUAAGGUAUUGGGAUAGUGUCAGCAGGGGAUAGUUAAAACAGUCAGAGAUGUGAUAGAGAAUGUAACAUUUUACAGGUUUACAAACUCUAUUAAAACACAAAUAGAAAUCUAGAAGUUUGGUCACCACUAUGGAGGUGUUUCUUUUUCUCUUAUGAUAGCAACUUCAUCAUCUUCUAAAAUAAUCUAUAAUGGUGAAGAAAAAUAAAUGAAAGAUCCUCGGCUUUAUUUCAUCAAGCUGUUAAGCAGAAAUUCCUGCUCAGCAAAAAACGGGUUAGGCGCUAGUUGCAACAAUGUAAACUUGAUGGAAUUCUGGAUCGUAACGGUUUCUGUUAAGCAGUAUUUUUCCAUAAAGUUACAAUGCUGAAACUGGUUUCCACUCAAAAGAAAUUUGCAAUAUUUUUUCUAUGCUUACAGGCUUUAUGAAAUGGGACCUUGAUUGUGUGUGGAUAACAGACUUUAGCAGACUUAGCUUAAAUUGUCAAAGUGUCACUCAGUCCGAAGCUCUGCAGGAAAUUAAGAAACCUUUUUAAAUAUUUUGUAACAAAACUUUUAUAAGUUGUCUGAUGUUAGCUAUAUGAAAUAGUUUUUUUCUUGAUGUAAAUAACAGAUAUAUUUUUUAUAAUCGUUGAUCAAAUUGUGUACUACAGUAGCAGGCUCCAAAUAGCAUUAGUUUAUACUUUUGUUGGGCUGGUAUAUGUAGAUAUUUAGUGUUUUAAGUAAAUUAUUAGAAGUAUUAUUUGUAAAUGUCUUUUGCUAUAAUUAUAUCAAUAGUUUUAUAAAAGUAUUUGUUUUUGAUAUUUUGUUUUUAUUAUGAAGUUGCAUAUAUUUAAUAGAAUACUAUUUAGUACGGUAGUGAUGUGUUUUAAAUGUAGUGGUUGCAAACAAUAAGGAGAAUUAAAUGACUCAAGUUUUACUCAACUCAAGUUUUACAUUCAUCCUUAUCUGAAAUUCCUUAUAGAUGUUGAAAAUAAACUCAUUCACGGAUGCGGUAAAAACGAACCUCUCUCUAGCUUAUUGUUGGAUGCAUUGUUAUAAAUAGUAUGAUAGUUAAAGGGAAGGUGUACUUUGAUAAUCGCUCUGAAAUUAGUAGCAUUUGGUUAGAAAUCUACAGCAGCGUUUGAUAGUAUACAGCAUUUUGAGAAACAUUUCACUUCUAAGUACUUUGGUUAUGUAAAAGAUAACAGGUCUUAUGACCCAAAAUCUGAAUCUGAGAACACUUGUUAGAUUGUGUGUUCCUAAUAGGAAUUACUCUCCUGCAUGCACAUGUUCACUCCUGAUUUUUGGCGAUAUCUCAAAAGUGCAACCACCUUUUGAAAAUGAAAUGUUCAGAUAUUUCUUUUUGUUUGUACAUCUUAGUUUGUCUACAUGAAGGAUUAAAACAACUGACUGGUUCCAAAAACCAGAGGUAUACUUUGCUUUUAACAAGCAACGUUUCAUUCCAGAGGGAAGUUAGAAAGAUUUAGAUAAAGUAGUUUUAAUCUAUUCACCAAAAUAAACGAUAAUUUGAAAGUGAAGUUGCCCCUGCAAGCAGACAAAAUCAGUCUCGUUACCUCAAGGAGUAAAGCUUGAAAGUCAAUUGUGCCAUGUCUGCAUAAUUAUUUGUUGCACAUGCAGAAUCUUCUCUGCGUAGAAUUGGGCCCAAAACUCUAUUAGGAUUUCAAAUGUAUAUAGUUUACCUAAAUAAGACUUGAAAUGGGAAAAACUCAGUGCACAAAUAAUCGCAAACUUUGAGCAAAUAAUUUUGUGCCCUAGGCUAGUGUAUGAACCCCAACCCUACCCCCCAACCCUACCCCACCCUAACCCCAUCUCUAAACUUACCCUAACAACCCCAACCCUAUCAGCACUGUAGCUCCACACCCCAGCCCUAUCCUCGGCUCCAAACCUCUUAACUCGACCUCUACCCUUACCCAACAAAUCGUUCUUUUUCAAGCUGAAACUUUGCAAGAAAGACUUCUUUGAGAUUUCCAAUACAUUUUAAAAAUAAAAUUAAAAAUAGUGUGUACAUUUAAUUUACUUAAAGGUAAUCAGAAAUUGAAAUUUACGCAGAAUAAAAUAAAACUGAUACUCUUAAAACUUGUUUUUCAAUAAAGAUUGUUUAUGUAAAAUUA